UACAGGCACGGCAUCCCCCGCUACAACGCAAGCGAGUAGUACCAUUUAGCUGCCCGCCCUCGCCGCACUUAAUUACGUUCAUAAUUAUUGUAGUGAUGGGGAACUACAAUAUUUGUUAAUGUAAGAAGAAUCAAGAUGAGUUUAUUCGUUGAUUUAAGGCAAAUCAAAACGUCAGUGACGAAUCUAUCAGAGAUGGUUGACAAAAUAUCGUCUUCCGCUUUUAAAGAACAGACUAAAGACGAGUACGUAAAGAAGAUUGACAGUCCAUUUUACAGUGGAUCCAUUUAUAAACCCACGACAUUGGGCUUCGGUGUUAGGUUUUCACAGAGCCAGGAGGAUGUAUAUCAAAACAUGCCGUCUUCCCGACUUCGAAGUCAUGUGUCGUUGCCAAACCUUGGUAAAGCGGACGAAGAUAUGGAAAAAGUUUCGAAUGCGAGGAAAGACGAUCACCCGAAAAUAGUGGAAAUAGACGACGAGAGCGCGAGCAACUGCAACAGCAGCAAAAAUAUGCUGCAAAUAUCCAGCGAGAAUAUUAACGAUUGGAUCCUGGCGUCGGUUAAAAAACGUCCACAUUUCGACGACAGCGGCGAAACCCAUCCCAUGGACUUCUUGGAGAACGUCAAAUAUUACAUAGCAGAAAUAAACAUCGCCGCAGAAAAACAACUGUCUUUCAUAAUAUCUUGUCUCGACGGCGUACCAUUAUUAUGGGCUCGUUGUUUUCGAAACGAAUUUAAGAAAGUCGAAGAUUUUUAUGAAGCUUUCGAGCAAGAGUAUUGGGGCCCCGAGAGACAGAAACUGAUACUUUACGACAUGAAACUCGGUAAAUACAACGAGGGAAAGUCGCGAAUGGCCAUGUCUGAAUACUUCUUGCAUAAAGUUACAAAUUAUAAGCAUUUGACUCCCCCGCUUAUCCCAACUCCGCAGUCAGCGUAA